AUGGCCUCUCUAUCUAUCUUCAAUUCAGAAUCCGAUGAAGACAAUUGGGUCAUUCAAAUCAACCAAUUGGUGAGUGAAACCAACCUGUCAAUCUUGAACAAAAUGCCUGUUUGCAUAUACCAAGUUCCCAAAUCUUUGAGCUCUGCCAAGCCGGAAGCCUUUGCUCCUCAACUUAUAGCCAUUGGUCCAUAUACUCACUUUCGUCCUGAGCUCUAUCCCAUGGAAAGGUUCAAAGUUUUUGCUGCCAAAGGGGUCCUCAACCACUUCAAAAAAUACGACCUCAAACAACUAGUUGCGCAACUCCAUAGCACAGGACCCUUCAUCCGUGCUAGUUACCACAAAUACUUGGACCUCAAGGAAGAAACCUUGUUAUACACCAUAGCCAUUGAUGGUUUGUUCUUGUUGGAUUUCUUCCACAACUAUCUCAAUGAGGAAGUAUCUGGCUCUUUCAUGACAGGAUUAGAAUACCAGGUUCAGCUAAGUGGUGUGAAGCUUACCAAGGACGCCAUCAUAAGGGACAUCAUCAUGGUGGAAAACCAAAUUCCAACCUACGUGUUGUUGAGGAUCUUGGUCCUUCAAAGCUCCAAACCUGCUGAUUUAGUUCAAGAGUACUUGGGUUCGAUGCUCUUGUCAUUCUGUCAGAAACACUCUCCACUUGAGUUAACGCACUCCCCCACAUGUUCUGAAGCUGUCUCUGAGCAUUACCAUGUCUUGGAUCUCAUGUACCAUUUGGUGGUUUCUCACGCUGAAAAGUCUGAAACACCAAUACCUGAUCAAAUCGAAGGUACUUCUAUACUUCAGAAAAGCUCAAUAUCUGAAAGCAAAACAACUUACUUUAAGAAAGUUAAAGGUGUAAUAACAUGGAUCCUAGACUCUCUAAAAAAGUUGAAGGACGUGAAUAUUCCUCUUGUGAAACCCAUUAAACAGAACCUACAGCCAAUACUAAAAGUGUCCUCUCACCUUGAAAGUCUUUCAUCGCAUCCAAAACUUUCUGAAAAAGAAGAAGAAGUUCCUACGGUUGUCAACAUCCCUUGUGUGCGAGAGCUUCAUUCAGUUGGGGUGUAUUUCCAACCCUUGGAAGGUGGCAACAUGGCUAUUGAAUUUGACGAAAAGAUGGGCAUAUUUUACCUCCCGGUGCUCAGAUUGGAUGUGAACUCUGAAGUGAUAAUGAGAAACCUUGUGGCUCAUGAGGCCUUGACCAAACCAGAUUUUCUCAUAUUCACAAGGUACACAGAACUGAUGAGGGGAAUCAUAGACACUGUGGAGGAUGUGAAGCUGCUCAAGAAUGCAGGGAUCAUUGAGUCAAGUAGCUCUCUCAGUGUGGAAGAAACUGAGGAACUGUUCAAUGGAAUGAGCAAAUCUAUUGGACCCACCAAGACUGACAAGUUAGAUAAGACCAUUAAGAAAGUGAACAACUACUACCAUGAUAAGAGGAAGGCCAACCUCUACUGGAUCUUGACAGAUUCUGUUUACAAGUCAUGGAAGCUCUUCACACUUCUUGCCACCUUUGUUCUUUUGGCCAUGACGGCUCUUCAAACGUUUUGCUCGGCUUAUGAUUGUCCCAGCUAUUUUAGACCCAAUUGA